GAUAGUUCAUCCAAGAGCCAGGUGUUUACUUUGAAGUUUGGAUCGCUUACAGUUCCUGUUUACUGUCACAUGGGAGACUUUGGAUGCGGAGGUGGUGGUUGGACACUGGCCAUGAAGACCGAUGGCACAAAGGUACCCACAUACUGCUCUUUUAAGUUCAACUAAUUGAUUAAAUGAAUCAAGAUAAUUAUUUCCAAGAUGCAGUGAUCUAAUCUGGGUAAAUAAGAUUCUUUUUUUCCUGUUUCUUGUAACGGCAUAGGCAAAUAGAGCUUGAUUUAGCUUCAGUGGAUCCUUGCAAAUUAAAGUAAUGUUAUAACAAUUAUAAUCAUAAUUAACUCAUAAAAAAGUUGUAAUGAAUUUACAUGACGUUAAAACUAGAAUCGAUGAUAUUUCACAGAAAUAUAUACCUAAAUAUGUGCGUUCCACCUGUUUACAUUCCUUUUAUCUCCUUUGUUUCAUAUCGUUUUUGACAAACCACAUUUAAUAAAAGGUUUUACGUAUAGAAUGAAAGUUUCGAAGUUAGCCUUCUCGAUGAGUUUUGUCACUCUUACAGCAAACUUCGCCGGUAAAAGACGUUAAGAAUAUGUAAAUCUUAUUUUAAAAGUAAUUGAAACUAUCCAAGAACAUCCAAUUUUUUUCUCUUAAAAUUAUACAUCAAGUGCCUUUGGUAAAUCUAAUCUGGGUAUCUAACUCUUCAGAUUUCUUUGAACAUUGUUGCGAUCUUAAACAUUUCCGCAGCCAGUUUUACUUCAAAGAAGACAAGAAGUAAGAAAAGAAGAAAUGCUAUGAUUACCUAAUACCGAAAUAUGAUUAACUUCUCUGAACAGUCUCAAUUUGUCUUUCAGAGAACGUUCGAAUACACUUCUCAUUUUUGGACCAGCAAGAAUGAAUACAAUCUCGCUGGUGGUAAGACCGGAUUUGACGCACAGGAAACCAAAUUACCGUCUUACUGGGAAACAAAUUUCUCGAAAAUUUGUCUGGGUAUGAGAAUUGGUAAUCAGACAAACUUUAUUACCAUCAACAAACAAGGCAGUUCUCUCUACUCCCUCAUUGCUGAUGGAACAUAUCGCGUAACUCCUCUGGGUCGUAAUUACUGGAAGACGCUGAUUGGUGCUCGGGCUUCCCUGCAGCUCAACUGUAACAGAGAGGGUUUUAACGCUGCUUGCGGGCGGCGCAAUGGUACAAGAGAUAAGGUCAGGGUAAGAAUCGGUAUCCUUGGAAACAACGAAAACGAUUGCCUCACCGUUGAUUCCAGAAUCGGGUUUGGUAUGCAAGGGGUACCAUGGCCAAAUCAGAUCAACACGUGUGGCAAUGCAGCUCGGGAAGGAGAUAAUGGUAGAAAGCGCAUCAAAACCUUUGGAUAUAUCCUGGUUCAGUAG